CUCGGCAGGCGGCGAAACACGCGCUGACAAAAGCGGAAAUGACGAAACGUCGAAGUUGAGCUGAGCACUCCUCCACGUGCGAGAGCAGCAGAGCAGUCACAUUGGAAGGUCCGCAGCUCCACGAUGAAACGACCAUUGCUAAAGAAAGCAAGUAAGAGGGUAUCAUGUUCCAAACGCUAUAAAAUACAGAAAAAGGUCCGAGACCACACUAGGAAACUAAGAAAAGAGUUGAAGAAGAAAGGAGUGAGCAAACGAGUGAAGAAAGAUCCCGGCGUGCCAAACAGCGCUCCCUUCAAAGAGGAGGUCCUGCGGGAGGCAGAGCAGAGGAGGCUACAGAUUGAAGAACAAAAAGAAAAAAAGAAGCAAGUUAAAAAAGUAGAGCGAGCCAAGAAGAGGAAAAGGGAGAAGGAGACAGGAAGUAAACAAACAGAACCCAAGGCCAAGAAGGCUCCACAGCCGGAGAAACAGCCCGCCCCAGACAAGACCUCAAAACAGUACCUUUGCUCAGAAUUAAAUAAGGUAAUUGAUGCAUCUGAUGUAGUAAUAGAAGUCCUUGAUGCUCGUGAUCCGCUGGGGUACAGGUGUCCACAGCUGGAGGAGGCGGUGCUGCAGAGGGAAGGCAACAAGAAGCUGCUUUUGGUCUUAAGCAAAAUAGAUCUGGUACCAAAAGAAAAUGUCGAGAGGUGGAUACAGUGCUUACAGCUGGAGUUUCCAGUUGUGGCGUUCAAAGCAUCAACACAGAUCAAGGACAAAACAGUGCGAGCCAGGAAGAGCAGGAUAGUCGCCUCUAAUGAAGUCCUGGACAAAUCCCGAGCAGCAGCCUGCUUUGGAAACAGUUCUCUGACUGAGUUCCUGGCAAGUUAUGCUGCUAAAACACAGAAUGAGGCUUCACUCAAAGUGGGAGUAGUUGGUUUUCCCAAUGUGGGGAAAAGCAGUCUUAUCAACAGUCUGAAAGGGAUCCUUGCAUGCAAUGCCGGCAUCAAGAGAGGCAUCACAAAAUCCAUGCAGGAGGUGCACAUCUCGAAGAAUGUGAAGCUAAUGGACAGCCCAGGAGUCAUGGCGUCCCCGUCCAACCCGCCAGCCUCCAUGGCUUUGAGAAGCCUGCAGGUGGAGGAGGGCCGGGACAGCGUGCUAGAGGCAGUCAGGACUCUGCUCAAACAGUGUGACCAUAGCCAGAUCAUGCUUCAGUAUAAUGUCCCUGACUUCAGAAACUCCCUGGAGUUUGUAACCUUGUUCGCUAAAAAGCGUGGAUAUCUUCAGAAGGGUGGAGUCCCUAACGCAGAGCAGGCAGCCGCAGCUUUCCUUGCUGACUGGACAGGUGCUAAGAUAAGCUACCACUGUAAGGCUCCAGAGAACCACGGCCUCCCUGCCUACAUGUCGGACGCUGUUGUCGCUGAGAUGCAGAAUGGCUGGGAUCUAAACUAUUUGAAAAGGGGCAACGAGGAAACUCUUAACGGUGUUAAAUUCCCAAGCCGGGCCAGCAGUAUAGGCUUCAUUUCCAAAGGCCCGACUGCAGGCCUGCUGAGCAUCAUCGCUGAAGAUAAACCUGAUGCUGCAGUCUCGGAGAGAGAAGUGGAGCAGAAUAAUGAGCCUGAAAAAAUUGCAAAUGGGGAGGAAGCAAAUGAAAAAGAAGAGCCAGAAAAACCACAGAAUCCUCCACCUAAAAGUCGUGUGACGUUCCAGUCUGUCCCCAUUGACAUCAGCCUCUCUGCAACAACACAAGACGCCUAUGACUUCAACACAGAUUUUAAAUGAGCUAUGCCUUCUUUUGUCUGGAGGACAUGCAGACUUAAAGAAUGACUGUUGGGGUACCUUUGACCACCUCAUGACUGGCAAAGUUGAUUCAGAAUCGCAGUUUGAAAGGCACUGCCUAGCCGAGAGGUUUCAGGCUGGUCGGUGACGUUUGGGCCCUUCCUUCAAACUUUGAAUCUGGCAGUUACCACCAACAAAUGAGCUUUAUCCUAGACAACCUUUUUCAGUUUGUCUAGGGCUCAUCCCUGCUCAGAAAAAUGGACUAAUCUAUUAAGUGGUUGUGUAUAUAUCCACUGACUUCUUCUCCCAGAUGUUGUUGGUGUAAGAUCGCCUGUGCUAAAUGUCCAGAGGUUAUUUGUAAUGUUGUUCAUGCAGAAUCAUGUAUAUAGACGCCUUAUUAUAAAUGUAAUAAACCUUUUACAAAGCCUA